UCCGAGUGGUUCUAUAAAGAAAAGGCAUUUGUGGCUUUGAAGUACUCUGUUUUUUUUUUUUUUCCAUUUUUAGUUUCCUAACCAGAUCCAAUCUGAGUAUAAAGGAUUCCCACCUAAAAAGAUCAACGUUGUAGCAUUUCUAGUCCAAAAUAUACAGUUCCAGUCCCAAAUCUUUGUUUAUUUUUGGCUGCAUUUUUCUCCAAAUAAAGGGAUCCUUUCUUUUGUUUUCCAUUAUUGCAGAAACUAGGGCCUCUGUUUUCUGGGUGUCUGUGGUGAUCUAUUUGACAAGGAUAUUGAAAUAAUCUUCUGUUAAAUUUGCAUAUACUGGCUCUUAAUGAAGUUGUUACUGCUUUAGCAUACGCCACUAAUUGAUAUAAACUUGUGGGCCGGUUGUUGGAGGAGAGAAGCAUUUGCAAGGGGCUAAAUCAUGUUUAGGUCAUCACCACGUAGGAGCCAGAGAUCCAAAGGUUUUAAGGUAAAGCAUGCUUUACAAAUUUGUCUUUUGGUUGGUGUUGGAAUCUGGCUGCUUUACCAAGUCAGGCAUUCUCAUGACAAGAAAGCAGCAGCAUUUGAGGACAGUGUGAACACUGGGAAUGAGCUUAUAAAACUAGGAAGAAAAGAUCUUCCUGAAUUUCAGGAAACUAUCAUUAGAGAUAAGAGACACAAGGAGGAAGAAGACGAAGAAAAGAAGAAUGAGGAAGAAUCUAAGCCUCGCAAUAACAUGGGAACUGGGGGUGAAGAUGGUGAUAUCCAGGAUCAUUUUCAUGAUCAAACUGAAGAGGGAUCUGAUCGGAGGGAGGAUUCCGCAGAUGGAGAAAAAUCGGGUGAAGAAAACAAGGAGAAUGUUGGUGAAGAAAGAGAGCGGGAGGAUAGCAAUGAUGAUCACCAGACAGAGAAGGAAGAGAUCAAGGACAAUGUUAGUGAAGAUAAUGGGGGUGAAGAAAACAAAGUGAAUGAUGUUGAAGAUAAGGAAAAUGUAGAGAACAAAGAGACUGAUAAUGGAGAGAGCAAAGAGACUGAUAAUGGAGAGAGCAAAGAGACUGAUAAUGGAGAGAGCAAGGAGACUGAUAAUGGAGAGAGCAAAGAAACUAAUAAUGAGGAGAGCAAAGAGACUGAUAAUGGAGAAAGCAAAGAGGUAGAAAAUGAAGACAAGGAGAAUCCUGAUGAGAAUAAGGAGAAUGAAGAGAGCAAAGAGACAGAAAAUCAUGACAUGGCAAAUGAAGCAAGCCAUGAAAACACAAGUGAAGCUAAGGAAAAUGCAGAGGAGAGUCAAGGAACGGAAAUUAAACAGGUUGUGGAAGAAAGCAAAGGGGCAGAAACUAAAGAGGCAGAAGAUAAGGAAGAGAACAUUGAAAAUUCAGGUUCAGUAGAAGAUCAGGUUCCAGAUGGAAAUUCUGAACAUAGUACGGAGACCAGAGAAGAGCAUUACAAGGGAGAUGAUGCUUCCAGUGCAGUUGUCCACGACACUCAAAAUGUAACAUCUGGAGAAGAGCAAGGUGAUCCAGAGAAAACUAGUGAGGCAGAACAUGUGGAGAGCAAAGAGAAGAAUGAGUCUGACUUUGACAGUAAAACAAAGAUCAGCAAGGUAGUUGAUUCCAGUCAAAAUGAGGUUCCAAAUACUGAACCAGCAGAAAAUAACAAUGCCACAAAUACGGCCAAUGAAGAUAGUGGCAACGAAAAUAGUAAGCAAGGUUCAGCUGAGGUUUCCCAUGAUACGUCCACAAUAGCAACAGAAUCAAACAAUCAGCAGCCGGUGGAUUCUAACUCCAUUCCAGUUGCUUCAGAAAGUCAUGAUCCAACUCCACAAAAUCAAAAUGAAGCAACAGAUAACACGACAUCAAAGGGAGAGGAUGGGACUGAAAAUGAUGUUGUACAUGUGCAAACUGAGAAAUUGGACCCAGAUGCCAGUGGCCAGCAAUCAGAUUCGAAUGCAGAACCUUCCACUACAACUGAGAAUGUAGAUUCAACUAAUCAAGAAUCAACAGCUUCUAGCAAUUCUGAGUCUGUUUCGUCCGAUGGCCAAACUGUUGACUCCAAUAGACCUUCAUCAGCAAGCCAAAAUUAUAAUGAAGUUCAGGGUGAAAAGUCUGAUAGUAUUUCUGGAGAAGGAAAUCAAGAAACUGUUUUAUCCUCAAACACAAAUGAAAAUGCUGAUCCAGGGCAAGACAAAGACACAACAUCAAAUACAAAUAACAAUGUGGAUGCUGGUCAAAAGGAACAAGUUAAUUCUUCAGAGUCCCGUAAGGAUGAUUUGUCCUCAAACAGAAACAAUAAUGAAGAUUCUGGCCAAAACCAGGAUGAGUCCUCAAACACAAACAGUAAUGGAGAUUCUGGCCAAAACCAGGAUGAGUCCUCAAACACAAACAGUAAUGGAGAUUCUGGCCAAAACCAGGAUGAGAAUCACUUGUCCUCAAACACAAACAAUAAUGGAGAUUCUGGCCAAAACCAGGAUGAGAAUCGCUUGUCCUCAAACACAAACAAUAAUGGAGAUUCUAGGCAAAAGCAGGAUGAGAAUUCUGUUCACAACAACACGAAUGACAAUAAAGAGGCAAGCCAAAAAGAACAGAUUGAUUCUAACAGUGGCAAUAAUGGUCAGGAUGAGAACAACAAUGCUGUCGAAAGGAACACAAAUGAUGAUACCAGUACGAAAGGCAAAACAGAAGCAAGCCAAGGACAAGUUGUUUCCUCUGAAUCUUCAACAUCCCAAGAAGAGAAAGAUGCACCCUCAAACACAGAUAGCAAAACUGAUGUCAGCCAGAAUGACUCAAAUACUUCACCUCAAAAUGAUUCAGUCGAUUCUUCAAAUUCUUCAGUUUCACAAGAAGAAAAAGAAGCUCGGACAGAUUUGGGAACCUUGCCAGAUACAGGAAGCCAGGGAAUUACUAGAGGAGAUACAGCAGCCGCGUGAAGUUUCUACUUCAUGCUAGGAUAUAGUGUACCUAAAACAAAUUGCACGUUACUAAGAUUUUGUUUCCUUGUCCCUGACAUAGUCAGCAGAAUUUCAAGGUUUUAUGUUUAUUAUUAUGCUUUGUUGCAAUAAUAGUCUCCAAGGAAUAUUACUGUUUUUCUGUUGUUUAAGACAGGUUGUAAGUUAGAACAUUAUGGUUUCGACAUAAAGUAAUCAGAGAUUCCACAUAUUUCCUUCUA